UGUCGAAGCAGAACACGGUGUGUCUGGCGUGUGUGAAGGUUUGUCUCGUGCGGUUUGAGAAUUGUAAAUUCCCGUUAAAUCAACGAGAUUCGAUUCGCCAUGAAGUACAUAUUGGUAACCGGCGGUGUAAUUAGCGGGGUGGGUAAGGGUGUAAUCGCCAGUUCGUUCGGUACGAUUUUAAAGAAUUGCGGUAUUCAUGUGACGUCCAUCAAGAUAGAUCCAUACAUAAAUAUAGACGCAGGGACAUUCUCGCCAUACGAACAUGGCGAAGUAUACGUACUCGAUGAUGGAGGCGAAGUGGAUCUCGAUUUAGGCAACUAUGAAAGAUUCCUCGACGUUACUCUCCAUAAAGAUAAUAACAUCACGACGGGUAAAAUAUAUCAGUCUGUAAUUACCAGGGAACGACGCGGUGAUUACUUGGGUAAAACUGUUCAAGUGGUGCCGCAUAUCACAGACGCUAUUCAAGAAUGGGUAGAAAAAAUGGCCCAUCAAUCAGUGACCCAGGAUGGUAACAAACCUGAGGUUUGCAUUGUUGAACUUGGUGGGACUAUUGGAGAUAUCGAAGGAAUGCCUUUUGUUGAAGCUUUUCGACAAUUUCAGUUCAGAGUAAAGAGGGAGAAUUUUUGUUGUGCUCAUGUAUCUCUUGUUCCUCAGCCUCGUUCUACCGGUGAGCCAAAAACAAAACCAACGCAAUCCAGUGUCAGGGAGUUGCGCGGUUUGGGUCUGUCACCAGAUUUAAUUGUUUGCCGAUCCGAUCAACCCAUUGGUGAUUCCGUGAAGGAGAAAAUCUCUAAUUUCUGUCAUGUUGCCCCUGAGCAGGUGAUAACCAUCCAUGAUUUGUCUUCGAUUUAUCGUGUUCCGUUACUGAUGGAGCAACAAAAGAUUAUCGAGUUCCUGAACGAUAGGUUGCAAUUAAAUAUUAGUAUGCCACGACCUCGUCAUUUUAUGCGAAAAUGGCGAGAUCUCGCCGAACGCAUCGACCAUUUGCGUAAAGAAGUGAAUAUUGGUCUUGUCGGGAAAUAUACUAAAUUGCAGGACUCCUACGCGUCAGUGACUAAAGCAUUGCAACAUUCAGCUAUACAAGCUGGCUACAAAUUAAAUUUAACCUACAUUGAGGCUGCCAGCUUGGAACAGGCUACAAAAGCAGAAGAUCCAGUCUUAUAUCACGAAGCAUGGCAAAAACUUUGCAAGAGCGACGGUGUGAUUGUGCCGGGUGGAUUUGGAAAGCGUGGAAUAGAAGGGAAGAUGGAGGCGUGUAAAUGGUGCAGAGAAAACGACAAACCUUUCCUCGGAAUAUGCUUGGGGCUACAAGCAGCUGUGAUUGAAUUCGCACGGAAUGUUCUGCACUUGAAUGGAGCUAAUAGCACGGAAAUUGAUCCAGAUACCAAUCAUCCGCUAGUCAUUGAUAUGCCGGAGCACAACCAGGGUCAAAUGGGUGGAACGAUGAGACUUGGAAAGAGGCGGACUAGAUUUACACCAGCUAAUUCCGUCAUAAAACAACUCUAUGGUAAUAAAGAUGACAUUGAGGAGAGACAUAGACAUCGAUAUGAAGUGAAUCCAAAAUACGUCGCAGAUCUUGAAGCUGCUGGAUUGAAAUUUGUUGGACAUGACGAUGAUAAAGUGAGAAUGGAGGUAGUCGAGUUGGAAGGUCAUCGUUACUAUGUGGCGACUCAAUAUCAUCCUGAAUAUUUAUCUCGGCCCCUCAAUCCCUCGCCUCCUUUUUUGGGACUGAUAUUAGCGAGUGUGGGUAAGCUGCAAUCUUAUCUGGCAAGAGGCUGUAGACUCUCGCCGCGUCAACUUAGUGACAAUGAAUCAGAUGAAGACGAUCCAAUUGUGACGAAGUUGCCGCUACAAAAAUUGCAGAUAUCGAAUGACUCCAGAAAUCCUGGCAAAAAAGUUUCAGACGAUUGAUGUUGAUAAUCAUAUAGUUUGGCAGGCAAAUCGAUUUCAACCUAUGAAUGACGACAAUUUAUUCCAAAAUGUCCGAAUUUUACAAAACAUUUUUAUUUAUUAUUUAUUUCAUUGAUUACAUAACAGUUCCAAACCCAACCAAUCGCAUAGC